AGAGAGAGAGAGAGAGAGAGGACAGAUGGGUGCAGAAGGCGAAGAAGAGAAGACGGAGACGAAGCCGAACCCCAUUUCCGAGGCCCAGUUCCUGUCUUGGAAGCGUCGAAAGGAUGCUGAAGCGUCAGCAAGGAAAGCUGAAGCUGCGAGAAAACGUUCUGAGGAUAUAGCUGCAGGUACCGUGCAAAUGAACGGGCGCGAGCUUUUUCUGCACGAACCGUGGGUAUUCGAUAACACAAACUACUGAAGUUGGUUAAAUUUAACAGUGUGUGAGAUAGUGACUCCUGUGUACACUAUUCAUACUUUCUAUUGAAAGAAUGGAAUGCUGCAAGAAAUAUAAGUUCUUCAUUGAUGCAUCUUGUUUUCCUUGAAAGUUGACAUUCUUACUUCUUGUAGACAGUGACUCGUCUUGUAUGCAAUCUGCAAAUUUUUGUUACGCUAUAA